GGCUGUGCUCGGAGGUGUAAUGGCCGAUCGCUUCUGAUGGUAGAGCCGCUUUUGUCCGCAGGCGUCGGUUAGGUUUCCCGUUGAAUUAAUGCGUUGCUCAAGGAAGCUGAGACCUUUAGAAGACCUGCAUGGUCAGCGAUUAAUCGCAUGAUGGCCCGCGGUGCCAAGUUCAGGCUCUAAGUCCCAUGGCAGCAGGCCCUGGGCCUUGCCGGCGGGGAGCAGCUUCCUAGUCAUCCCGAGAAGUGGACAGUCCCAGUGUCCCGGUGCGCGAUGGAUGCGUCAGUACCAAUAGAUCACGUGCUGUUGAGAAUCAAGGUUCUCAACCUGGCCUACCUGACUGUCGCGCUGCCCCUAUUCACACUGAUUUUCUGCUUCGCCACGUCAAUGUUGUUCCAGUACACCGCUGUGAAUACAACAGUCUGCAAGGUUUACAACUUCUGCCCGUCGGUGAGCGCCAUCACGGGCAUCUCGCCGCAGCGCUACGUGUGGCGCAUGGGCGUCGCGCUGCACACGGGCCCGCGGCUGCUGCUCGCGUCGCUCUACCCUCGCUACUUCGCUCGCCGCGCCGCCCUGGUGCCGGCCCCCAAGCGGGCGCUCUUCUCGCGCCUGACGCGCGCCAACUACGCGCUGCACCUGGCCGAGGCCCUGUCCCUGGUCGGCGUCACGUACGUCUCGAACCGCGAGAACUACCCGGUGCACGAGAAAAUCUUCAUCGUCUUCAUGGUCUCGUCGCUGCUCUACAUGGUCGGCACAUGCCUGGCGGUGAACAUGUGCGCCCACAAGGACGACACCCAGAUGGAACGUAAGUCGCGUCGCCUCAAACUGUCACUGCUGGUGCUGACCCUGGCGGCCAGCGCGGGCAUGCUCUUCUUCUUCUACAAGCACCGAAUCCACUGCGUCGAACUGGCGUUCAGCUGGUUCUCCAUCUGCGAGUACGUGAUCUGCCUGUGUAACAUGGCGUUCCACCUGACCCUCGUGUACGACAUCCCCAACGAGGAGCUGCUCGUCGGCCUGCCCGUGACGAAGGCCGUCUGCUCUUCUUCCUCCGCCUCUUCCCGGAAGGACCAAUGAGACACGACAUGCCGCUAGUGCCAAUGGAUGCGCGCUCUCUUCCACGCACACACCACACACACACAUCUCUCUCUCUCUCUAUCACUCGCUCUCUCUCUUAAUGCGUCGCUCGAGGCCCUCUGUAAACGGCUCUCGAGCGCGCAUGUACCUGCGCCCGCUCGCCCGCGCUGCCGCUCGAUGCGGUGCGGCAAACUACAUGGGACGCUUUCCCGGCCUAUUUCUGGCGUGACGUCGGCGCGCCCGCUUCGCGACGUCUGGUAACCGCAAAGGACGUACUAUCGGGUCUACGUUUCAGCCGAUGAAAGUAUAAACAAAAUUCCUACCAAAACUAUAGAACGCACUCGUUUCAAAAUGGACGCAGCGGCGCUGCGUCGGGAACGCGUUUCCAUGUGGUUGCCGCUGGAGACCUCGUACGCAGGCCAGUGUGCCUCCGCCUCGGCACACGCGUACGCUGCGGAGAAGUAUGCACGAGCGGGAAGAGCAAUGUCGUGUAAAUUUAGUCACUGUCCGAUCUAGUCACAACAUCGUUAGUCUCGCGCGAGUACGACGAAGAAACGACCGUAGCGUCACGCAGGCUACCGCUGGCGCGCAUGCGCGCCAGUGGUUCGUUCGCGAUUCGAUAACGGCAUGCGCGCGAAUGUUUGUAGAGGAAACACAACUUCCAGGGAAGGGUGCGCGCCUCCUCCUGUCUCUUCCCGGCACUCGGUAGCGUGCCUCUCUUCCACCAUCGACGCCAUCUUUUCUUUUUUUUUCUUGGU